AUGUCAUCGAGUACCUCUGAGCUGCUCUCUUCCCCCCUAGCCCUAGAUCCCUGCUCUGCCUACAUCAGCCUGAAUGAGCCCUGGAGGAACACUGACUACCAGCUGGACGAGGCUCAAGGCCCCCCUGCAUGCGACAGUCAUGUGGACGGAGAGUGGUACCGCUUCACAGGCAUGGCAGGCGAUGCCAUGCCCACCUUCUGCGUGUCAGAAAACCACUGUGGAACCCAUGCCCCUGUUUGGCUCAAUGGCAGCCACCCAACAGAAAAGAAUGGCAUUGUGCAGCGCCAGGCCUGUGCCAGCUUCAAAGGGAACUGCUGCCUGUGGAAUACCACAGUGGAGGUCAAGGCUUGCUCUGGAGGUUACUAUGUGUAUCGGCUGGCUAAGCCCAGUGUCUGCUUCCACGUCUACUGUGGCCAUUUUUAUGACGUCUGUGAGGAAGACUGCCAGGACAACUGCUUGGAUACCGACGAGUGCACGUGCCCGCCAGGGAGCGUGAUAGGCCUCGAUGGGCAGACAUGCUUUGAUGAAAAUGAAUGUGAACAGAACAAUGGGGGCUGCAGUGAGAUGUGUGUAAACCUCAAAGGCUCCCACCGCUGUCAGUGUGGAGUUGGCCGUGUGCUAAGGAGCGAUGGCAGGACUUGUGAAGACAUUGAAGGAUGCCACAGCAACAAUGGUGGCUGCAGCCACUCUUGCAUUGAAUCAGAGAAAGGCUACCACUGCGAGUGUCCCCGGGGCUUGGUGCUGUCCAACGAUAACCACACUUGCCAAGUCCCUGUGUUGUGCAAGUCAAGCACCAUUGAAGUGAGCGUCCCCAGGGAGCUGGUCGGUGGCCUGGAGCUCUUCCUGACUAACACCUCCUGCCGAGGAGUGUCCAAUGGCACCCAUGUCAACAUCAUCUUCUCCCUCAAGACCUGCGGCACUGUGGUGGAAGUGGUAGAGGAUAAAAUUGUGGCCAGCAACCUGGUGACGGGUGUCCCCAAGCAGACCCCGGGGAGCAGCGGGGAUGUCAUCAUCCGGACCAGCAAGCUUCUGAUCCCGGUGACCUGCGAGUACCCAAGGCUCUACAGCAUCUCUGAGGGCUACGUCCCCAACCUCCGGAACGCGCCCCUGGAAAUCAUGGGCCGCAACCACGGCACCUUCCCCUUCACGCUGGAGAUCUUCAAGGACAACGAGUUUGAGGAGCCCUACCGGGAAGCUUUGCCCAAGCUCAAGCUCCGGGACUCCCUGUACUUCGGCAUCGAGCCCCUAGUGCACGUGAGCGGCCUGGAGAGCUUGGUGGAGAACUGCUUUGCCACCCCCACCUCCAAGAUGGACGAGAUGCCCAAGUACUACCUUAUCCGCGAUGGCUGUGUUUCAGAUGACUCCGUGAAGCAGUACUCAUCCCGAGAUCACCUAGUAAAGCAUUUCCAGGUCCCUGUCUUCAAGUUUGUGGGCAAAGACCACAAGGAGGUGUUUCUGCACUGCCAGGUCCUGGUCUGCAGGAUGCUGGACGAGCAAUCCCGCUGUGCCCAGGGCUGCCACCGGCGCUUGCGACGUGAGGCAGGAUCUUCUGAGGACGGGGCCAGGCUACAAAGUCAGACACUGAGUGGAGGCCCCAUCAUCAUCGACUGGGAGGACUAGGCCCCACUGCAGGCUGGUCCUUCUCCCCAGGCUCUCUAGAGCACCAGAGAACUUUCUAGAACCCCUGACUUCCUUAAACCAUGCAGUGUAAGGUUAAACAAACCCCUAGAACCCACUGACUGCUGCCGGUCCCUGGCUGGCUAAACCCUGGCAACCUAGCCUGGAUAGGGCAUCAGCUUCCUCUAGGGCACAGUCAAGGGGUCGCCACGGGCUCCCUCUACUCCUCCAUUUCUUCUCACAUUAAAGACUCUGUGAAUGGUUCAAGAGGACUUUCAAAAUUAGAAGCUGGGUAUGAGGUUUCAAGUUAGAAACUGAAAAAACAAAAAUUAAAUACCUUCUUAAACUAGAAUUCAAAUACCCAAUG